AGGCAGCAUCCGAGGAGCAGGAGAUGUUUCAAGCAUAACCUGUUGGUGAUUACUGUGGCAACCAAAGAGACAGAAGGCUACAAGCGUUUCAUCCGGACUGCAAAAUAUUUUAACUACACUGUCAAGACCCUGGGACUAGGCCAAGAGUGGAAGGGAGGUGAUGUGACUCGGACAGUGGGAGGUGGCCAGAAAGUGCGGUGGCUACAAAAGGAAAUGGCAAAGCAUGAAGCCCAGGAGGACCUGAUCGUGAUGUUUGUUGACAGUUAUGAUGUCAUCUUUGCUGGCUCUCCCCUGGAACUGCUGAAGAAGUUCAUACUGUUUAAUCACAAGGUGGUCUUUGCGGCAGAAGGAUUUAUCUGGCCCGACGAGGCCCUGGCGGAUAAGUAUCCACCAGUCCGUAAUGGGAAGCGAUACCUCAAUUCAGGAGGUAAGAUUUUAUUGUAUUUUUGCUUGCGUUCCAAGCUGAACUUUCAACUCCAUAUCCCAGCAGAUGGGGACAUGGGCAAUGAGUGA